CCUGGAAGAGCCCUGGGGGAGUCAGACGCAUUCUUGGCUGAGAUUCAAUGCCUGACCUAGACGCCGACAAACAGAGGGGAGAAGACAGUCUGAGCUGCAAGGUCGUAUUGUGUGGAUGUGCCGCGUCUUUACGCUUGUAGAUCGUAAAAGAGGAUUGAAAAGAAGAAAAAAGAAACAAAGUACAGAGUCUAAAACCAAUUGGGGACUGGAUUUCGAAGGACUGGUUUAACCAGCAUUUGCUUGAAGAUCUUUUUAAGGGCACGAUUGUGGAUAUGUUUGAACGUAAGAGUGCUGCAGAAACACAACACGCUUAGAGACUGGAUUUCAUGAGCUACUUUAAUAUUGUACGCGGUGGUGGGAUAAACUUGGACGCCGUGGCUUUUUAAAGGAUUCAGUUGAUUUUAUACAAAACGGGUGUGCUUUUUGGGGCCAAAAAUCAUGGAGACUGUACCAAGAUCUAGUUUUCAGCCUCAUCCAGGACUCCAACAAACCUUAAAGCAGUUUCAUCUCAGCAGUAUGAGUUCGCUUGGAGGACCCGCAGCUUUCUCUGCUCGAUGGGCUCACGAGAUGAUGUACAAAAAGGAAACUGGGAAGGAAACAGAUCAGAUUAUUCACCUACCCAUACAGCCCCCUCCUGUCAUGCCAGGACCCCUUUUCAUCCCAUCGGACCGAUCAACGGAGAGAUGUGAGACUAUUCUGGAGGGGGAAACCAUUUCUUGUUUCGUGGUUGGUGGGGAGAAGAGGCUUUGCUUGCCUCAAAUUCUGAACUCCGUCCUUAGAGAUUUUUCCCUUCAACAGAUCAAUUCGGUAUGCGAUGAAUUGCAUAUUUACUGCUCUCGAUGCACGGCAGACCAGCUGGAGAUUUUGAAAGUCAUGGGGAUCUUGCCCUUCUCUGCCCCAUCUUGUGGCUUGAUUACUAAGACAGACGCAGAGAGGCUUUGCAAUGCCUUACUGUAUGGAGGAACUUACCCUCCCCAUUGCAAAAAAGAAUACUCAAGCACCAUUGAGUUAGAGAUCACAGAGAAAAGCUUCAAAGUAUACCAUGAGUGUUUUGGAAAGUGCAAGGGACUCUUUGUGCCUGAAUUGUACGGUAAUCCUCAUGCUGCAUGUAUCCAAUGCAUGGACUGUAGGCUGAUGUAUCCUCCUCACAAAUUCGUAGUACACUCGCACAAAUCAUUGGAAAACAGAACCUGCCAUUGGGGUUUCGAUUCGGCCAACUGGAGAGCCUAUGUCCUUUUGAGUCAGGAUUACACGGCAAAAGAGGAGAAGGCACGGUUGGAACAAUUGCUGGAUGAAAUGAAAGAAAGAUUUGACUACAGCAACAAAUACAAAAGAAAAGCACCGAGGGUGCCUGUUGACCAAACCGUGUUUAAAAAGUUCAAGCAAGAUGAAACUGCUUCAGAAUCUUCAAGUGCAACUGAGAAGGAAAAACAGCCUGAAUGGUGGCGAUCCUUUUCCUCCCCAUCUAGCACUAAGAAUGUUCUAAGUAGCAGUUGCGCACAUUCUCAACAAAGACUGUCCGCCUUCAGGCCCUGGUCACCCACCAUUUCAACAAGUGAAAAAGAAACUCUGACUCACCUUCCUGCAGUGACCCGAGACAGUUUCUAUGCAUAUAAAAGUUACGAAGGUUCAGUGGCACCAAAUGUAGCUUUGACAGCCCUGCCCCAGCAGAGGAAUGGACGACAGUCACCAUCAGCCACUGCAGUCACUCAGAACAUCGCGACUCCAAUUGAAGCUAACAGAUCUCGGAAAAGGAGGGCAACUGCAGAAUCACAGCUAGAACAGGAAACAGCUGCUCCACUUGCUGCAGUGUUUCCUUCUGAAGACAAAGAUUCAGAUGCUGAAGUGGAAGUUGAGAGUAGAGAAGGAUUCACAUCAUCAUUGUCUUCACUUUCUUCUCCCUCCUUCACUUCAUCUGGCUCAUCAGCAAAAGACCUGAGCUCACCUGGGGUGCAAGUUGCAUCUAGUGGUGCAUUUGAGACUCCAGGCCACACAGAGACACAUAACAGUGGAUUAGAAGUGGAGCUAGAACACUUGAGGCAGGCCUUAGACAAUGGAAUCGACACCAAGGAGGCCAAGGAAAAAUUCUUGCAUGAAAUCAUCAAGAUGCGAGUAAAGCAAGAGGAAAAACUGAAUGCUGCGUUGCAAGCCAAGCGCAGUCUACAGCAGGAACUUGAAUUUCUCCGUGUGGCCAAGAAAGAGAAACUACGUGAAGCAACAGAAGCAAAGCGCAAUUUAAGGAAAGAAAUUGAGCGUCUUCGAGCAGAGAGCGAGAAGAAAAUGAAGGAGGCAAACGAAUCACGGAUAAGGUUAAAACGAGAACUAGAACAAGCAAAACAAAUCCGUGUCUGUGACAAAGGUUGUGAGGCUGGGCGACUGAGGAUCAAAUAUUCAGCACAGAUUGAAGAGUUGCAGGUCAAGUUACAACAUGCUGAGGCGGAUCGGGAACAGCUGCGUGCAGACCUCCUUCGGGAGCGAGAGGCACGGGAACACUUGGAAAAAAUGGUGAAGGAGCUUCAGGAACAACUCUGGCUGAAACCAAGCAACUCCACUACCAGCAAGGUGGUUUCAAAAGACAGUGAAAUUUAAAAGAGAAUUCAUAAAAUUGUAUAUUUGUGUGUAAAUGUAUGUUUGCAUAUUCAUACAUACACACGGCGGAUGCAAGAGUUGACUGUUUUCGGAGAAAGAAUGUUACUUCAGACACGCACUGAAACUAUCCUUCCCUAAGCGAGACAGCACAGCACAGAAAAUGUGUGCCUGCCAUCCUGCCAGACAUCAAAUACUCAGCCGUUCCUGAGAUAUUUUACUGCGGUUAGUGACAGCACCAAGGAAUUCUUAUUCUGAAAUUUCUUUUCUUUUUCUCUACAACGCAUCACAUGGCGUACAGGAUUCCUGGACAACUACAGUACCAAAUAAACUAAAAGGGAGGAAGAACAAAAAAAAAGGUCGGGGAGGGACAAUAGUACUUUCUCUGGUUAAUUUACAGAACUCUUCAGAUUCUACUUUUGUAAUAAGCUAUUGAAAUAUAGAAACAAAAAAAAAACUUUUGAAAAUAGAAGACUUGAUUUUAAACCAUGUUUGAAUUAUGUGCAGUUGUUAUGAAACUUUUAUUUCUCCCUUGAUAUUUCACGUGCAGUUUCCCCAGGACUGUCUAUUGUAUAGACUGGUGGCUCCCCACCACUUUCCAUUUUUUUCUUUAUUUAGAGAACUUCACCAUGAGUCAGAUGAGAAGCCAUGAAAUAACAUUACUACAAACCCCUUCCUUUAAACUAAAGAAAAAUGACUCAUGGAGACUCUCAAUUCAUUCUCCCACCCUACCUCUUCUUUAGUUGGAUUAUUUUCAGGUGGGGGGGAUGUUAUAACUCGCUUGGCCUUACCACUGACAGAGCAUUCUAUAGAAAGACUUGGAAGUUUUUUUGUCUCUGUUUAUGUUAUUGUUUGAGAGAAAUUAAAAAUAGAUAUGUUCAGAAUGUGACCCUAAUUCCAGUACACUUCAGUUAAAGGAAGAAAAUGGAUGGAGGAAGAGAGUAAAUAUCACAAAAAAGUGGGACAGUUGUUGAGAUUACAUGUAAUGACAGAAUAACUCAUUAUGAUUAGAACACCAUUCCAAAAUACACAAGUUUUUGCAACCAGUAAAUUUAAUAAAAGCAGCUUCCUGAAACUGCUGCUUUUCUGUGUUCGCAGUAUUUACAGUGCUCAUUGGUUCACUGGUUUUUUUUAGUUCAGUUUCUUAUUAUUAUUUUUAUUUUUGCUUUGUAUUGUUCGGUGCUUCACUCUGUUCACUGAACUAACAUUUGCAGAAUACAGGAUCAAUUGGGUACCUUGCUUGUAAAAUGUUAUAUUUAUGGUGCUCCCUUAAAAAUUAUAGGACUACUUGCUUUUUCAUAUGAGCAUUCAUCACUCUUGUCAACAAACUGCAAUAGGAUUAAAUUCACAGUCAGAGCUUCUGCACAGAACAAAUUUGAAUUCAUAGUUAAAUCCUUCUUACAGCUAAGAAGAAUUUGUUUGUAUUUUAAUUCACUUUCUGGGAGGGAAAUGGUGACUGCAAAGGAAAAAAUUUUCUUUACACUUUGCUGUUUCUUGUUUCAGUUGCAUUAACUGUUUCAAUCCCAAAUUCGUCUCCCAGAUAUCAGAUAUUGCAUCUUAGAGGAAGCAAGAUCUUUGGUUUACUUACUGCACUUUUCAUGUUCCUCCGUUCCUUGUUCAUCUAUUUAUUUUAAACCCCCCCUCACUCCCCCCCCCCCCCCCCCCCCAACACCCACCCCCCCCCCCCCAAGUCUAACCAUUCUCCCUCCCAUCUCCUAACUCAGAACUGUGCUGCAUCAUCUUGACGACGAAACAGGAAUGUAAUCUGGACACAGACGUGUCACAGUCAUCAAGGCAGUACAACAUUGACUCAUGCUGUGAUUUUAAUGGACCACCAUCUCCACUCUGAGUAGCCCAACCAAAAUCAGGAAUCAUAGCAUGAAGUCAGAUCUGUUUCUUACUGUUCUGUGGGACACUGAACUACUCAGCUUGAUUUGCCUUAGCGAGAAUUUUCUUGACAACCUAAACAGUUGUGAACUGUGCAGGAUGUGUGUGGGAAUGGUAAAGACAAAAAAAAUUACAAAUACUUGUUCUGCACCUGCUGCAUUUUUUCCAAAGCCCAUGUAGGACCCAAUAAGAUCUAGUAAUCUGACAUUAGUGUAAUUCUUUAUAAAUUACAUUCAUAUGUUUUUCUCUCUUAAUACUUAAAAGACACCCGCUGCUGUGUUUCAUUAAUAAGGCUAAAAAAUAUUUAUCACAUGGAAUGAAUUUUUAAAGUUUAAAAAAUUUUAAGAUAUUCUGCAUGAAUCCAGUAUAAUAACCAUUGUUACUGUAAGAUUUAAGAGGCGGAUCUUUUGAAUUUAGGUUAAGUGGGAGAGUUGUCAGGGCAGCUCAAGAAUUGUGGGAUGUGUCUGAUGUAAAUCAAAAAUCUGGAGGAAAUGGGAAGAAUAUUGCAAACAUUUUGCAGGGCGUAACCCCAGAUAGUGACAAUCCCAAUACUUAAUGGGAUCCAGCUUCACUUUUUUGUGAAUACAAAAUUUUAACAAAAAAACACACUUCCCCCAUUAUGAGUGCAAUGCAAAUGGAGCAUAAUCAUAUUUAUGCAAUUAUGUGGAAUAUUUCUGCUUUUUUUCUUAAUGAGAAAACUCAUUAUCUUUCAUAUGCAUGGAGUUCAAUAUUUCUACCAUACAGUACUCUUUAACGGGCAUUAAAACUUGUAUAUUAAGGGUUUUAUGUUUAUAUAAUAUGCAAAAAAAAUCAGCCUUAUAUGUCAUUAUCUCUUCUUUCCUGGUGUCUCAAGCAGUCUGUUUUAUUGACUUUUUCUUGUUUGAUACGGUAAUGCAAAAAAGGAGAAGCAGUACAUUACCAGUUACUGACUCUCCUAGCAGACAAAAUGUCUUUUAUGUUGUGUUCUUUUGUAAGCCGCUAAUUGUUCCGUCAGUUGUGACGAUUCACAUUACUUUAGGGUUUCAAAUAACUUGUGGGGGGAAAAAAGUCAGAAAAAAGUUUUUAAAAUGAAAACAUUCUUCAGCAAUAAUGCUUUAUACCCAAGGGGCAGCUAACUACAGCUGGGUUUUUGCACCAAUAAUGUCCAGAGUUACUUGAUGGAAACUAGUUCUGUUCAUAUAGUUUUUUGAUGAAUCCUGUAGAGUUUUGCAUGCAAAGGAGAGAAAAGUGCAGAGAGGGGUUGAUUACAACAAUAAUAACAGCAAAGUAUAGUGUUUUUCAUAUUUUUAUGUUAAGGUAGUUUUUUAUUAUUUUUAUACUGGGUAGUUCUUUGUGUGUGACGUGCGUGGAUUGUCAUUUUUUUUAAAUAAUGUAUACCUAACACGUAAAGCAGUAUUUUAAUCCUUAACACACAUUAAUACAAUAAUCUAUUAUUAUGGUGCAGUCUCCGUUUUAACUUUAGUAUUUCCAUUGGCUAUUGUUUGGUCAACUGAUGCCAGUUAUUUCCAAUUGGUAACAAGGGAUUUUUUUUAUAUGGACAUCAAAACUAAACUCAUGCUUUGAAUAAAAGCCUUGAGCCUUUAUUCAAGGGGACCUAUUGGCAUAAAAACCCAGUAAUCAUUUUAAACUGCUUCACUACAAGCUAGCCAAUGUACAAAUAAAACCUGUAAAUACUUGGUUUCAUUUUAUGCUAUGUAUUAUAAGUGUAUAUUGUGCUCACCCACAUUUUUUUCUCUCUGAACUUUAAUACGUCAUAGUUGUCUUGUUAAUUGAUUGUGUUAUUGCCUGAAUUACUGCAGUCAGUAAUUGUUCAUUAGGAAUCUUAUUGAAAUGAUUCCUCCUCACCCCCACACCUUCCACAACCACCAACCGCCCCCCCCCCCGCCCCACCACCACCACCACCCCACUAAGCACCCUUAAACCAUGCCUUUUUAUUGGUGUUUAAGCAAUCUCUCUUUAAUAAUUCCCCUCCUGCACCUUAAAGGCUUGUCUUUUUAAAAAGCACAUCAGAUUUUUACCCUUGGAAUAAUUUUCAAAUCCAUGAAUAAUUAUUAUUUGAUCUUGAAUGACACUAUAAUUGGGGCUUUUUACUGCUUUCUCCUUUCACAUCAACCAGCAGGACUCAGUCGUGUUACCUAUGCAUUUCAGCAUAUUUAUAUUUUUGUUUCGUAUAUAAGCUGCUGCUAAAACAAGCAACUUAAUUUCCAUUCUUUAGCACUAUUUUUUAUGUCAUAAUAAAUGUAUGCUUUCUUGUUUAUAAAUGCCUAAACAAAGAACUUGUUCAGCCUAUUUAUCUAUUGUGCUGUGUACCUAUGUCUUUCUUUUUCCCCCUCGCCCCUUUCUCACCGUUCCACUCCCUGCCUUUUCCACCAGUAAUAUUGUAAAAUAAAGGACUUGAUGAGAUAUGUAUGAAAUAGCAAUGCAAAACCACAGUUUGCAAUGGACACAGUGACUGAAUGUACAGUGUAUAGAUGGCAUUACCAUAAAUAAAAAAAAUUUUGCCCAGAU